UAGUCUAAACAGUCCCUAAGUUAUCACACCAGCAUGGUUAUGAAGCGAUGCCUCUUGUUUUGUAAAAACAAUGCAGUUGGAUUAAGCGGUUUUGUAAUAGCUAGUGGAAUUGUGUUGUAUGAAAAAUUUAAGAUAGAUGGAAAUGUCUUGGCUUCAUGGACAACAAAUUUCGAACCCUCAGUGAAAUGGGAUUAUAAUUGGGACAGGCGAGAUCCAAAUAGUCUUGUUAAACCUGACAAAUCUUCAGAAGGAACAACAGAAAAAGAUUUAAAGGAUGUUGAAAAUGAGAUUAAGAAGAGAACUCCAACAGCUUCAAGACAUUUGUUAUUUAUACGACAUGGACAAUACAACACAGAUGGCAAAACUGACUUUGAUAGAUAUCUCACUGAACUAGGAAAAAAGCAAGCUGAUUUGACAGGUCAAAGGCUAAAAGAAAUGGGACACGAUUACUCAGUAUUGGUCAGUUCAACAAUGACAAGAGCCAAACAAACUGCAGACAUUGUUGCUAAAAGUAUACCAGAUGUACCGAGAGAGGAGACAGACAUACUAAGAGAAGGAGCACCGAUCCCUCCUGAACCACCUAUUGGAAACUGGAGACCAGAGAAAAAUCAGUUUUAUCAGGAUGGAGCUAGAAUUGAGGCAGCAUUUAGACGAUAUGUACAUAGAGCAGAUCCAGAACAAAAAACAGACAGCUUUGAAGUUGUUGUAUGUCAUGCCAAUGUUAUAAGAUAUUUUGUUUGUAGAGCCUUACAACUCCCUCCAGAAGCUUGGCUACGAUUGAGCCUCAAUCAUGGCAGUAUAACUUGGAUUACUGUUAGACCAACUGGCCGUGUUGGACUUCGGACUUUAGGAGAAAGUGGAUUUAUGCCUGCUGAUGUCACAUCUGUUUUAUGAUGAUAAUAAAAAGACUAGCAAAAAGUUAAUUAGGAAGAUAUCAGUGUAUAGUACUUUGUGAAAAAUAAAUCUCAAUUUGUCUGAUCAAAAUAAUUCAUAUUUCUUCCUAUAUUGAUUAUUGGGAAAUACACCUUUUUGUAGUAAAUCCAAAUAAAACGACUUAGAUAACACAAUUAACUUUGAUAGUUACUGCAAGCAACCAAUCCUA